UGCUGCUAAAUUUCGUAGGGUGAACUCAUCGCGAUUGUUAUUUGCUCAGCUUAAAAAAAUGGCAUCGAACAGCAAUGAAUCAAACGAAUCUAGUGAAGGUUAUCAUGACCAAAUAGUCCAAUACCUGUUGCAAAAAGCCACACUACGGAGUGUAAAAUUUGAACUGAACUUGGAUAACACCCAAGCAGGGAAUUUCAACGCGUGCAGUCUGUUUUUGGAAGAAUCGAAAAAGUGGUAUUUCGUGCUGGCCAGCAGUGGCUCAAACUCGUCGAAAACAUUGACCGAAGAUGUGUUGUUCCCUGCGAAAGACCAUGCGAGAACAAAUGGAGAGUUUUCGUUGUUCAGCGUUUUCCGGUCGUACUGCGACAUUGAAGAUUAUUGGAACCAGGCUGAAGGCGAAAAGAAGUUUGUUCUGUUGACGAACAAAGAGCUGAACCAUUCGGAUGUCUCCGAGUGCACGGAGAUGGAUGAAAUCUUCAAAAUGUCUGAUUCGAGCAAGUUUCACACACUCAACACAACAAACGCAACGCUGAGACAGUUUGCGACUUUUACGAAUCGUGAGUUUGAAAUGGUUCGUAAAGCUAUUGUGGCCCUCUUUAUCGACGGUGAAAUGAGUCAAAUUUUGAAGGAUUACAAAAGCCCGCUGGCGCAGUUAUUCUCGCUGCGGUAUGGAAAGGUGAAGUUUGCUGAAAACUUUAGUGAGUUCAACAAGGAUCCCCGGGUGAGGAAACUGUUCAACCUGCUCAAGGAAGAUUUCGCAAAGAUCGAGACGGAUAUCGCAACGGUUUCCGUCGAAAGAACCAACAUGGAGGAUUUUUGGACCAUUUCGUCACGGAAUCUGGUGCUGCCCCCCGUGGUUGAUCGUGCUACUGUGAAACAAUUCUUCGACAGUUUAGUGAUCGGAAGUGCUCAGCCAUGUGGGCAGGAUUUGCAGAAGCAAACCAACAACGAGUGGCGGCUUUGGAUGCUCAGCUGGGUCGAGAGGGAAGAUUUUGAACUGCUGACUAAAAAUCAACUGGAGCAGCCUUGUGUCAGCUUCAAGAAGGCGUUUGAAGAAUGGGAGAGCGGUACUGUUGCAGCCAGAGGAAGAAAAUGUUUGAAUCUUGAAGAUGGCAUGCGAUUCCUUCAAUAUGUUGAAUUCGAACUGGACUAUUCGCUUCGGAACUGUACUAAACAAGCUUCUGAGGAGUUGUCGAAGAUCGAGCAACAGUUCAUUCGUCGUAGAAUAGUUUAUAAUAACCAAUAUUAUCCUCCAAGUAGAGAUCAGUACCUCUACCUUCAGGACACCAAGCUUAUCGAUCGGCUGUACAGCACUUUCAACAAUGAAAAGGUGUUCGUUUUGGAAGCUGAGCCGGGCAUGGGAAGGACGACUCUUUGGCGGUAUUUGGCCUUUUAUGCGCAAAAUAAGUAUCCAGAUUGCGCAGUAUUUUUGAUACAUUUGAACAAAUUAUCGAAAACAUUCGGAACAGACGGAACAGAGAUGGAAGAUUUGUUUAAAUGCUCUGACAAAAGAUUAAACGGGGGAAUCUUAAAAGAUGACAGUCGUAAAAAGUUAGUUUUUUUGGACGGAUUCGAUGAACUGAGUGCGCAGAAAACAUGUUUCUUUGAAAACUUGGGCGAUUUAAACAGAGACAAAGUAAUUGACAUCGUGGAAACAAUUUUAGAGCGAAACAAUACCAAAGUAUUUUUCAACUGUAGACAUAUUUUUACCAACAUGUUUCAACUUACCUUUAAUGUUAAAGCCAUGCAGUUGGAACAGUUUAAUGAUAAUGAGAAGAUUGAGUUUUUAAGCAUGUUUUGGAAUAUUUCAGAACAAAACAAAGCUAAAUUUGAAGUGUUUGCCAAACAUGUUUUAAGUAAGCUAAAGAAGGAUAUCAAACAAAAUUUGUUUAAAAUCGUAGAACUACCUUUGAUGCUUAAAAUGUUGGGUGAAUGGUACUCAGAAUCAAUUAAAAAGUUUUUGUCCGAAGAUAAAAAUACCAUUGAAGCUAGUGAAAAGCUAUCAGAUGUGAAUUUGUUCAAGAAUUAUGUGGAAAAUUCAAUUAAAAAUGCCAUACAUAAAGGAAACAACUUAAACAAUGUUGAAAUUACGACUGAAUACUAUCAACGUGACUAUCAAUUGCUUUCUGUAUACAAAAUGGUCCCAGAAGACUUGUUGAGCGAACUAAUUGAAUUCAAUCCUAAUCUGAUCAAAAGUGAGUCAGAAAUCACAUCAGAAAUACUGUGCAAUCGGAACGAAUCCAGCGUACUACAAGUUGUAGAUGGAAUCCCAAUGUUUGCUCACUUGGCUUUUGCUUCCUUUUUAUGUGCAAGAUUUUUCUACGAAAAUGUAGAAAAAAUAAAAAUUUCAGAUACAAUGGUAGAGAAGUUUGCGGAAUUUUUCGAAAACAACGCGCUUUUACGCGUAUUUUUCUUUUCAAUGGUUGAAUCCGAACCCAAAGAUGACCUGAUGCUAUUCGUCAGCAAACUGGGCGAACGCUCUGCUUUUUGGGCGUGUGAAGGAGAUUGCUUUAAUGUGGUCAACUAUUUAAAAAACGUGUUCAAGUAUAACGAAAUUCGGACCCCAUUUUACGGACGAUCAAUGCUGCAAGUUGCCGUUGAGUACAACUCGCAAAAGGUUCUCGAAGUUCUAUUGGAGUUAAAAGUCAACCUCGAUUGUGCCGAUUAUUGUGACGAAAAUCCGUUACAGGUUGCUUGUCGAAAUGGGCAUUUUGAAAUUAUGCAAGCCUUGCUUUCGAAGGGAGCUACACUUAAUAUAGUCCAGCGUGUGGCAAAUUUUCUCGGUUUUGUAUUUGAUCUUUAUGACAGUGGACAAAACACGAUUCUGCAUUACGCAGCUAAACAUGGCUCUGUUGAAAUGGUCCAGUUUCUGAUUGACCGUUCCGCUAGGAUUGAUGUUGAAAACAAUCUCGGUGAAACUCCACUGUUUUUGGCGGUAAGAAAUAAUCACCUAGCUGUUGCUGAGCUUCUCAUAAAAACAGGUGCCAACAUUAGCCAUAAGGAUCAUUAUUCUUCAUAUAUCCUACAUGCAGCAGUGAAAAGUGGAAAUGUGAACUUGGUUAAACUUAUCCUUGAUUAUGCAAGUAAUCAAAAUAUAGACAAAGCCACGUUUAUUGAUUGUCGUGACUACGCCAAAAGAACUCCUCUGCAUGUCGCAGUUCAACGCGACUUCCAAGAUGUGGUGGCUUUUCUUGUCUCGAGUAAAGCUAACGUCAACGCCAUUGAUAAAGAUGGCGAAUCUGCGUUACAUAUUGCAUCCAUUCAUGGACAUUUAGAGCUAGUUCGCUGUUUGAUUGAAGGCAAGGCAAAUCCAAAUCUGUUGAAUUCUUCCAGACAAACGCCACUUUACGUCGCGAUUGUGAGUGGACACUUGGAAGUCGUUAAAUUUUUAAGAAACAUAGGUCCGGACAUUCGGCGUAUCAAUCACCACAAAAAAAGUGUUUUGAAUGCAGCGGUAAAAUCUGGCAAUGUAGAGCUUGUAAAAUAUUUGAUGAAGCAAUUUCGCGAUGCUUCCGACUCUGCUAUCUUGUAUGCAGCAGAGUGGAAACACACGGAAAUAUUUAAAGUUCUUCUCGCACACGGUGCCGAUCCAAGCACCAGAGAUUCUGUUACCGGUGAAAAAGAUGGCAAAUAUGAGCUUGACACAUCGGGCACCAACAUUGUGUUCAAAACCCUUGGUGGAAAAAUUCGCGAACGAUUAUUUUAUGUACGAGGUCGGUCAAACUCUGACGAAAGUAGUACAUCGAACUGAAAAUCUUCAAUUUUUAAAUCACAAUUUAGAUAACAUGAAUGUACACACAGCAAAAAAUGCGAUGGUUAAAUCGCAUGCAAAGGCAUGCACAUCACCUUCAUC